AUGGCAGACGCAGAUUUACCAUUUUACAGACGUGGAAGGUCGUCUUACGAUGACAGCGUGAGGCCUGCGUCUGACAUCAAGCAAAAGAAGCCGGAUCCUGAGGAGAAGUUUGCGUUGGGGCGGAGGGGGAUUUUGGUCUUUUUCACGUUGGCGGUUCUUACAUUGAUGGCUGCUCUCGAUGGGACUUCGUUGUCUGUUGCGUUGCCGGACAUUGCUCAAGAGCUGAAUGGGACAGCCAUCGAAGCAUUUUGGAGCGGUACCUCCUUCCUACUUUGCUCAACAGUCUUCCAACCGAGCUUCGCCUCUUUCUCGAAUAUCUUCGGCCGCCGCCCUAUGAUAUUGAUCGCCCUCGUGUUCUUCUGUGUUGGUGCUAUCAUCUCGGCGAUUGCAAAUAACUUUACCUAUAUGCUAGUCGGACGAUCUAUACAAGGUGUCGGUGGCGGAGGCAUCAUAUCUCUGAGCGAAGUCAUUAUCACAGAUCUUGUUCCAUUAAGAUGGCGAGGACAGUACUUUGGUAUUCUAAGUGCAAUGUGGAGUCUCGGCUCAGUGACAGGACCAAUUCUAGGAGGUGGUUUCGCCGAGAACGUGUCGUGGCGCUGGAUCUUCUAUAUCAACUUUCCAUUCAUCGGUGUCGGCUUGAUCCUCGUCAUUCUGUUCCUCAACCUGAAGCUCGUCCCCAGCUCUUUAGGCGAAAAACUUCGACGAAUCGAUUAUUUCGGAACCGUUCUCUUCGUCGGAAGUAUAUCAUCCUUCCUCAUCCCACUCACUUGGGGUGGAGUCUCCUACCCCUGGAGCUCAUGGCGAACACUAGUUCCUCUUUGUGUGGGAGGUGCAGGUCUUCUCAUUUUCGCAUUGUACGAGUAUUACUUCGCAUCCGACCCCAUCAUUCCGCCAGUCAUUUUCAAAAACCGGACGGCAACUGUUUCCUUUGUUGGAAGUGUGCUGCAGGGCUUCAUUCUGUGGUGUGCGCUCUAUUACCUUCCUCUAUACUAUGAAGCCGUGAAAGAGUAUAGUCCUAUUCUUUCAGGCGUGGCUCUCUUCCCUGAGACAUUCACUGUGGCUCCUAGUGGAAUGGUCGCUGGAAUUCUCAUUACGGUAACUGGCCGGUACCGAUGGGCUGUGUGGCUAGGAUGGGUUCUGUCAACCAUCGGACUUGGUCUGAUGUGUCUGAUCAAAGUCCACACCAGUGUUGUUGGCUGGAUCUUCCUGAAUAUUGUCUCUGGUUUGGGGCUAGGGAUCUUGUUCCCAUCUCUGGGUUAUGCCGUUCAGGCUUCGUCGGAGCCGGAGAACCUCGCUAUCGCCGUCGCCAUGUUUAGCUUCUUCCGUGCCCUCGGCCAAGCUAUUGGUGUUGCGGUUGGUGGAGUGGUGUUCCAGAACCGCAUGUUCAGUAACAUCAUGAGAUAUCCCGAUCUGGCUCCUAUGGCCGAUGCAUACAGCAAGGACGCCGCUGGUCUGGUCCAGAUUAUCAAGGCUAUGGCAGACGGGGCAGACAAGGCAAAUCUCAAAGAGGCGUAUACCGACAGUCUUCGCACAGUAUGGAUAGUCUGCUGUGCUGUCUCCGGUGUAGCUCUAGUGAUCAGUCUCUUCACUGAGCACUACGACCUAGAUCGUGAUUUGGAGACUAGCCAAGGUCUUCGGGGCGAUGAUGAGACUAUUGCAAGCGAAAAGGACUUGGAGAUGCGUGCAGAGGGAAAAACUGCUCCUGAAAGCAGGCCUUCUGUCUGGUAA